AUGGCGGAAGGCUCCAAAGUCCGCGCAGUCUUCACCCUGUGCAAGAACCUGGUACUGGCGGCACUGCUCUAUGCUGCUAUCUACGGCGUCAUCACCUUUAUAAACGACCCCUCCGUUGCUGCGAAGGGCAAGAUUGGCAUCCCCGCCUUCCUGGACAAGGCUGGACCCACGGAGCUGAUCGAGACAACCAAGGCGGGCGUCAAGGUCAAGUUCGCCGGCACCACCAAGACCGUCACCAUCAACCCGCACGCCAAUGUCUUCAACCGCCCCAUUACCGCCGUCAAGAACAAGGACGACUACCUGGGUCCCCGCCCCCAUGUCGACACCGAGGCCGACAUUGACAUGCUGAUUGAGGAGUGCCGCGGCACCUAUGCUGGCAUUGAGAAGAUGAGGAAGCCCUUUGACUGCCUGAAGUUCUUUGCAGAGGGCGAGGACCGCUACUACAGCCUGCCAGAGCCCGCCGACCGCGCCAGCGCCCAAGACCCCCGCAACGCCGACUUCAUCAACGCAGACGGACACGGCAAGACGCUUGAAAGCUAUACCCCUGUGAACGACGCGAUUGCUGCCAACGGAACCAACAUCGGCACCUGCCCUGGCCCUAUCAUCCCAUACCACACCUACUGGACUGGCCCCGCGACCUGGCGAGUGGAGGUCUUCAUCAAGAGUUACCUCUACACCCAGAACCUGGCUUGCUCUCGUCUUUGGCUAUGGCUUGACACCGACCACAACCCGAACGCCGUCGAACACAUGCUGAACAAGGAUGCCCUAUUUGCCCGUUUUCUGCCCCUGGUCGAGAGAGGCGACAUUGUUGUCAUGCCCUGGAAGUUCCCUAACCGCAUCCCACUGGCUACCGACAAGGAAGACAAGAACGGUUUCGACUACUACAACAAGCCCGGCGCCGUGAACGCCAAAGGAGAGAAGGAUGUGGCCGAGAACAUUAUUGAAGACAAGGAUGGCCAGCAGUGGCUCGUCCUGACCCAGAAGCAGAUGACAUUCCUUCCGGUCGCCGUAUCUGAUGCCGUCCGCUUCAUCGUAUUACAUAUCUACGGCGGUGCUUACUUCGACAUGGAUGUUCUGAUGCUCCGGGACAUGCGACCACUUCUACUGCCGAAAGAGCAUGCCUGGGCAGAAAGAUGGGCGGCACAUCCUCACCCCGGUGAUUACAACACUGCCAUCAUGUCACUCUCGGCAAACUCCUCCCUCUCAUCCUACCUGCUCUACGGCGGUAUCAGAAUGGGUGUCAACUUCCACCCCCGCGUGCUUGGUCGCAUGGCCUGGAAAGACGGACGCGACCAGGAGUUCAAGAUGUUUGAGACCGCUGCCUUCGACCCCAUCUGGACGGAGUUCAAUUGGGACCGCGAAGGACGCUGCACAGUGCCAUGUAUUCGGGACUACAGCGCAGUCUUCAAGGGCAAGAUUGGUGGCGUCAAGGACGAAUGGGAGAGCUACGACGGCCCACAGCUCAACCGCAUCGACCUCAAAGACGCGCAACGCAAAGAGCUCAGAAUGCCCGCCAGCUCCUCCUUGGCCAAACGCGGGGAAGACAACGUACCCGCCUCCGCUGCCCUGCCAACCCCCAAUCACGGCGACAAAGAGCACCCCGAUUCGUUCCAAGCCACGCUUGACGAGGAGGCUGAGCUGAGAAAAGCUGGUGUGAUUACUGACUACGUCUUGGAGGAAGACAAAUUCCCUCCCAACAACCGCACGCUGGAGAACUUCUUCCGGGGUGCCUGGACAUAUCACAUUCACAACCAGUGGAUGAAGCAUCCCGAACCUUCGUCAUGGAUCUCAGUCCUUGAACACGCCCACGACGGAUUUAUUGCCGGUAAGCGCACGAACCCUUACGGCGAGAAAUGGACUGGUCCUACUCUUAUGCCAUACAACUACUGGCCUGAGUACGUGUGA